CAAUGAAAAUGCACAAAAGCGUGAAGGAGAGAGAGGGAGAGAAGGGAGUCCGCGAGAUACAAAGAGUGAGCCAAAUCCCACACUAACAGACACAAGUUGAUCACUCUAAAAGGCGGUCACAUUUCACAUACUCACCUACAAACGUGAUAGAUAUGGGUGUGUGUAUCAGUGGGUGUGUAUGUCAUGCCUGACACUUAGCUCACGGAUAUGCUGAUUUAUCUUUUUUUUCUCAUCGUGAGAAUGUUUUAAUCUUCGCUCGUGCAACACCAUACUCGCUCGCGUCGAGGCGCAGUAUCUCGAGAACAGAAGGCAUCCAGGUAUCUUUGAGAAGAUCAGCCUGUUCAACUCACCUCUGCCAGACCUGAGCUGAGCACCAAGAGAGACACAUCUCUACAACUUACUGGGAGACAACUUUACGCUCACUGGAAACAUUUCCAUCACUUCUUGAUAUUUGUAGCUGUAUGGAGCAGGUGUUUUACGCAAAGCUGUUUUUUGACUUCCUCACCUGUCUUCAAAAGAUUUUAGCUCCAGUAUUGUGACUUUCAACUACAUCUAUUUUCAAGUCCGUUUGAAAGUGAUAGCCAUCUACAAGAGAAAAUGGAUAACAGCCCUGGUGGUGGCGUCAUCUUGUACGCAGGGUCCUCCGGCAGCUCCAGCCCCAGCCCUGGAAGCCCCUCCAGUGGGUACCAGACCCAGUCCCCUUCUCCACACUCCCAGCCAUCAUCUCCUGAGGAGGUGGUCUUCACAGAGAUUGGGGUUGUUAAACAAAGGGCAGCUUCAUGCAGAACCUUAUCCUCCAAACUGGUAUUCCAGUUUCCACAGCUCCAAAGUGCUCCCCCAGCGGCAGCCACUCCACAGCAUACGUUUGCACACCCCAUUGCAGGAAAGAGGCCAUGCGGGUUCACAGGAGCUUUCACAAAGACGGGUGGAAUGGUCCUGCUUUGCAAAGUCUGUGGUGACAUUGCAUCUGGUUUCCACUAUGGAGUUCAUGCAUGUGAAGGAUGCAAGGGUUUCUUCCGCCGCAGCAUCCAGCAGAACAUCAACUACAAGAUGUGUGUGAAGAAUGAGAGCUGUCUGAUCAUGCGCAUGAACCGCAACCGGUGCCAGCACUGCCGCUUCAAGAAAUGCCUCUCUGUUGGCAUGUCAAGAGAUGCUGUGCGUUUUGGCCGCAUCCCCAAAAGAGAGAAGCAGCGGCUCCUGGAUGAGAUGCAGAGCUACAUGAAUAGCCUGAAUGAGUCAGCUGCCAUGGAGAUGGAAUCCCCUUCAGUGAGGGAAACUGCCAGCUGCACAGAAGAUGGCAACUCAAAAGAGGCCAUCGGGGAAAUCUCCAGAGCCUAUCGCGACAUCUUCACCAGCAGCAACAGUGAAGAGAGACCAACCAAGAGCUCUAACAUCUCCUCCAACACAUGUCCCUUUUCUCAGGAUGCCAGCUUUCCCCAAGUGUCCUCUCACCCCGCCUCCAUCCAGAGUUAUCAGUCUUACCCUGUUGUCCCUAAUGACAACACAUCCACAUUCCACAAUGUUGACAACAAUCGUUCCUCCUACUUGGUUUCAACAAAUCAGAAUCAAGAUCAGUCCAACAGUACAACCUCUCAAAGGGGCAGCUCUGCCAAUCAUAACAGUUUUCACAAUGCAGGAAGCUCCCAAAACCAGCCCUCCUGCCCAUGGAAAUUAGCUUCAGGAGCUAAAGUGCUGGCAUGUCCCCUUAAUGCGUGGCCUGUAUCAGGGGCAGAGUGCACGAGUCAGCAGAUAUGGGAAUCCUUCUCGCAGUGUUUUACUCCUGCUGUCAAGGAGGUGGUAGAGUUCGCCAAGGGCAUCCCAGGGUUUCAAGAGCUUGGCCAACAAGACCAAGUCAUGCUGCUCAAAUCAGGAACUUUCCAGGUUUUGAUGGUGAGGUUCUGCACCUUGUUCAAUGCUGAGGAGCGUACAGUGACUUUCCUGAACGGCCAAACUUACCCACUGUCCACCCUGCGGGCCUUAGGCAUGGGCACUCUGCUGGACGCAAUGUUUGACUUCAGUGAGAAGUUGGGCUCCCUGGGGCUAGAGCCUGAUGAAAUGGCCCUCUUUAUGGCUGUGGUCCUGGUGUCUGCAGAUCGUUCUGGCAUCUUGGACAUGCAGGCUGUGGAGCAGCUUCAGGAGGGACUGAUCCGUGCCCUACGGUCACUGAUCACUCGCCGUCGCCCAGAUGAGAACACCCUCUUCCCUAAACUCCUCCUGCGCUUGCCAGACCUGCGCACCCUCAACAAUAUGCACUCCGACAAACUGCUGGCCUUUCACAUUGACCCUUAAGCAGGCUGCUUGUUCACGGAGAACACAGACACAAACUGUUUUAGAGAAAAACAUACAGAACACACACAAUUACAGAUAUUAUCUUCCAUGGACAGGACCUUCUAGAAAA